AUGGAUAAUAUAACAUCUUUUUCUACCUACACCCUGAUGGAACCAAAAGACUCUAAAUCAUACAGACAUAUAUAUUUCACAUGCUUUUUGGUGCUCUAUAUUAUGAUACUUCUUGUUAACACUUGGGUCAGUGUUGUUAUUGUCUUGGAGAAAGCUCUUCAUGAACCAAUGUAUAUCUUUCUGUGCAAUCUCUGUGUAAAUGAUAUUUAUGGAGCAGCAGGAUUUUAUCCUAAAUUUCUACAUGAUUUAUUGCUGGAUUCAUAUGUGAUUCCUUCAUACAUGUGUGCAUUUCAAGCUUUUGUGAUCUACGGUUCAGUUAUGUGUGACUGUACUACAAUAACUAUAAUGGCCUAUGACAGAUAUGUGGCCAUAUGUCAACCUUUAGACUAUCAUACGAAACUGAACAAAUUUUCAUGCAGUAUAUUACUAGGCUUCUGUUGGAUCCUAUCCUUUGUUUACAUGAUUGUUCUUCUUGUGUUGUCAAAUAAGAUGAAAUUGUGUAAAUAUCACAUUAAUAAAUUGUAUUGUGACAAUUGGUCUAUGGUAAAACUUUCAUGCGAGUCAACUAUCAUCAAUAAUAUUUAUGGAUUUUUUGUAAUAUCAUUUUAUUCUUGCCUGUGUGUUUUUGUUAUUUUGUCCUAUAUAAAACUUAUAAUUGCAUGCAAAGCAUCAUUAGAAUGCAGAAGGAAAUUUUGGCAGACAUGUGUGCCUCAUAUGUUUAUAUUGAUUAAUUAUGUUGUUGCUGUAUUUUUUGAUGCCAUGUACAGUAGAUAUGGCUCAAACAAUGUCUCAGAAAUAUUGCAAAAUUUUUUGACUCUAGAGAUGCUUAUUGUGCCACCUCUUGUUAAUCCAGUAAUCUAUGGGUUAAAACUUCAAGAAGUGCGCAAAAGAAUCUUGAAAUCAUUUGUUAAUAUCAGAAGACAAUAA